AUGGCUCAAUCCAUGGACGCUCACUCGAGCUUUGUCUACCUCCUCGACAACAUUCCCACUUGGAAAGCCAGCGUCGACUCAUUGUCUGCUCACGCCGAUCAGAAGCAUACCGAGUUCGUCGCCGAAUAUGCCCGACUGGUCAACCAGAUAAAGCCCAAGCGCCGGAGGACACCCUCAAUGGCCUCGAUUCACCCGGACGAUAAUGAACAAGUUGAGCGGCCCGACGAGGUCGCCCCGAGCAGUGGUAGUGUACCAGCUCCUCUUAGCCGGGUCGAAAUAAAUCCGCUCGAAGCCGGGAACAAAUAUCUAUACGCACAGGCAAGGAGGAGGAGAAGACCUGGCACCUCGAUCCGAUCGGGGGCUUCCGGGCCUCAAAAAUUCAGGAACAAAAACCAAGUCAUCGUGUAUUAUGACGCGUAUUUGCAAGAACAAUUGGAUGCCAUGGUGAAAUCCAUUGGAGUCGGUCGAAACAACCUUCGCAAGGGUAAAAAUGCUUUGGUGGCUGCCAAAGGAUUCUCUCUUUCCACUCUAUCCACCCGGCCAGGCCGAGGGUAUCCCUCACUCGACAAUGUCCGGGGGUCUUCUACUCGGUCACGGAGCACAUCACUCUUAGUAUCAGAGAAGAAGCCUACCGAAUCGACCACCAAACCAGCACCCGAUGAUGAAACUGCCUUCUUUCUUGUCGACAAGGAUCUUGAGUCGGUCCAGAGUCUCUGUGAGACUGCUGCUCAUCAGUUCCUUCGAGACGGAGAUUGCUCGACUGAAUUGGAUGUCAUUCGGCAAAAAUUGGACGCCGUCCUUGCUCAAGCCACCACCAUGGCAGAGUCACUUAAGAACCUUCGGCAAGGAAACCCCCAGGGCUCGGAAGCAGAUCAGGUCAACUGGGACAGUUUUCAGAGCUGCGGAGAUUCAGACGCUACGUUAUCUACUCAACCUUCGCUUGAUGUUCUCCAUACACCCAAGAUCGGUGCCACGAUGGAUCGCAGUCACCUCGCGAUCAGUCACACACUGGAAGACAUGAAGUCUCAAGGUGCAUUUUUCAGUGCCCCCGUCAUGUCGUACGGCAACCCGGGCCUGAUGACUGACAACAUCGAAGUCGAUGAUGCCAGCGAUCAGAGCUCCAUCGUCGUGGAUAUCACGCAAUUUCGAAUGACGAAUCCGAGAAGGGCGAGGGUCUAG